AUGGUUUGCUUGUCUAUGCGGCACCGCAACCGUAGUGGCUGGUGCUGGUGGCUGGCUGCCGCCCAGGUUUCCAACUUCUGUCUGGAUACCGAACCUACCUACCUAACUGGUAUAGAUCCCUGCCUCACUUUCCGGCUCCCUGCCACUCUUGUCCCGGUGCCACCGACUGCCUCCUUCCCUCUUCCCAUGCCUGCCAUGCAUACCUUACCAAAUACCAGUGGCUGCCUGAUAAUUCCUGAAGAUGCCUCAGGCAAGAUAUUUGAGAAAAGAAACAAGCGGUCUGCAGGAAUUGCAUCGAUCACGGAAAACGCUUACCGCAGCCGGGCUAGCGCAUCUGUCAGAUCUCAUCGUCCAACUCGUUCCCUCACUCCACAACUCUUGGUCCGCCCGUCCAACUUCAAGGCUUGCAGCUCGGUCCUUGGCCCUUGUCCGUCGUCGGUCCCUGUCCAUAUUCGUGCCGACACUGAAUCUCAAUCUUACCCUGGGAAUAUCAUCCCGACUCUUCGAAUCUCUGCGACGUUAUCCUUUGGGUACCCCACGCUCUUUUGA